AAUGUUGGCAUCUCACAAGACGUACUGCAUUGACUUCCCUGCUAGGGAUGUAGGGUCAUUUGCUUUAGUGUUUCCUGCUUUGAAACGCCACGGUGAAGCUAAAUUGGCAUGGCAUGGGAUCUUAAGUGACUGACUAACGUUUACUAGUUUUCUGUACGUUGAGUGUGUGUGCAUCUGCUUGAUGGUGCGUUUUGUUGACAUCCGUUGCUAAUUAGCUAAUUGCUUUUGUUUUGAGAUCGUAACUGUCAGACAUAACCAGCUAUACGAUAGCAUUUUAAGUUGUAUUGAAACGGGACUUGCGAAAUGAUAUGUCAUAAUAUAUUUAUUUUUAUAUGACAUCAGACUGGCAACGGAGCAUCUGAAUCAUAGCUAGCUAGCUAACUAGGUUUGUCCAUUACUGGAAAAAAUAUGUGACGACAGCCUUCAAAAUUGCUGGAUGAUACCUUUUCCCCCAUGCCAUUCCUAAAAUACAGGCAGUAUGAUUGGUUCGCCUGAUUUGGUGGCAUUUACCAAAGAUGAUGAUUUUGGGGAGGUGUAUGUUGAUCCAUGCCUACUCCCAGAAGAAUUUUCUGUGCCUCUUUUCACACACGUUGGAAAUUCAAAUCCGUGGUCAAAGACUUCCUAUGCUAAAUUCUCAAAGGAUUUUAUCCUCAUCUCUGAGUUUUCAGAACAAGUCGGGCCACAGCCUUUGCUUACCAUCCCAGAUGAGUCCAAAGUUUGUGGCACCUUCGACCUCAACUACUUCUCUCUGCGGAUUAUGUCUGUGGAUUACCAAGCCUCUUUCGUGGGACAUCCUCCAGGGUCUAACUACCCAAAACUCAAUUUUGUUGAGGACUCAAAAGUUGUGCUUGGGGAUUCAAAAGAAGGUGCGUUUGCUUACGUUCACCAUCUCACCCUCUAUGACUUGGAAGCUCGGGGUUUUGUAAGGCCUUUUUGUAUGGCCUACAUCUCAGCGGAUGAGAGAAAGAUCAUGCAGCAGUUUCAAGAGCUCUCCUCUGAGUUUUCCAAGGCCUCCGAGUGUUUGAAAACAGGAAACCGGAAGGCGUUUGCCAAUGAGCUGAUCAAGAAAUUGAAGGACCUUGAAUACACCAGAACUGUGUUGCAUAAAGAGACAGAGCUGCAGAAGAAGAACACUGGCUGCUAUUCAACACAAGCAAUUGAGAAAGCAAAUGAACUAGCAAAUGUUGAAAAAUCCAUAUAUGAGCAUAAAGACCUUUUGAGGCAAAUCACGUCCUACCCAAACAGAAAGAGGAAAGAUUGUGAGUUUCUGCCGUAUGACUCAGUCAAGCCCUCUGACUCAAAUGAAGUGGACCAGAAAUCCACAUCUAAUGAAUCCAACCCAGAAGAUCAGUCAGAGAUCAUUAGUAGUAAGCGCAGACCCUCUUACACCCCUCAGCUUAUAAAAGGAAAGUCUGCAAAAUGUUUUGAUAAGCGCCUGAAAACGCUCGAGGAGCUCUGUGAUUUAUACUUCUUCCACCAGACAAUGGAUCAGCUUAGGCUGAUUGAGAGUACUUUCCGAGGAGACCUGUGCUACAUCUAUACCAAGCAGAUUGACCAGGCUCUGCUGAAAAAACAGAAAAUCACCAACUUCCUCUUUGAAGAGUACAAAGACUGGGAAGAAGAGGAGGCUUUGAAGGAAUUCUGCGGAGGGAAUCUUAUUCCCACUGACAACCUGCCACCUAUCUGCAUUGUACCAGAUGAGGCAGAGACCCUGGAGUCCCAUACUUCUUGUAUUGAGGGAGCGCACACUAAAAUGGAACCAGAAACUAGUGAGGAAGGACUUCAAGAAGCUGAGCUGACUGAGUCCAGCCCCUGUGACCUCACACAGGAGACUUCUGAUGAAGGUGCUGAUGCUGAAAUGAGAGGGAGCCUAAGCAGCGCCGACAGUGGUGAAGUAACUGGACCUGAGACAGCCCUCCAUGUUGAGAGGCCUCCUGAAAGUUCAGAUAGUUCAGCUGAUCCUCAGCCACAGUGUGCUGAAGUUGCUGGAGGGAACACUGUAAGUGCAAGUGAUAGCAGUGAUGACAGUGCUGAGGUUCCAAGUGCCACUUUUUCUCUUGUACCCGAGUGCCCAAGAGCAUCCUACCAAAGUGCCAUUUAUGAAGAGGAGCCCACUGUGAAGGUCUGCACAGAUGUGGCUCAUAAACUGGAAUCUCCUGUCCUGAGUCAAGAAGUGAAGGACAACGGUGUUUUAAAAACGGGGACAGUGGUCCAGGUAGAUGCAGCUUGUUGCAUGGGGCAGGAAGGACUUGUUUAUGAAGAGCCUUCCCCCGAGUUGGCACAAGAGUGCUGCGCAGACGCAGUGAUCAAGCAGGAGCCCCAGUCUUGCCUUCAGAGGGACUCCACCCUGCAAGCAGACUUCACUCUUAGUGCGACAGCCUUGGCAGAAGGCCCUUCAACGGGACUCUCACCUUUUGAGCAGAACCCUGACUCUCUCUCCGACGAGAUUUCCAGAAUGUACCUGGAUGACGUGUCUGACAGUACCAGCUUUAUGAGUACCUCCACUAAUUCUGACAGGACGUCGUCUCCUUUUCUGUACGGCAACUCCCUUACUGUGAAGCAGAAGAAAAGAGCAGGACAGAAUGCUCUGAGAUUCAUCAGACAGUACCCCUUUGCCCAGCAAGCUAUAUUCUGCCUUCUGAGUGGAAGGACCUUGGUAGUCUUGGGAGUUGAUGAAAGGACAGUGAGAAAGCUUGUGAAUGCCCUAUCCAUCUUUGUGCCCAAUCUUGGGAAAUAUGGUGAAACAGUCCAGCCUUGGCUUUCAUCUCCUUUCCAGCUGACAGACCUGCAGAACUGGAAGCUCAUUGGCCUUCACAGGAUGGCUUCUCCUACAGGUUCCAGCAUGCUCCACUCCCUGAACCGAUACAGUCGCUACAUAAGCAUUCUGGACACCGACCAAAAGACUCUGCGCUGCCCACCGUACCGAGGAGCCCUGAUUGGUCGGAUGGCAGACCACCGCACCCAGAUAAAGCGUGGCAGCACCUACUUCAUGCAUGUGCAGUGCCUGCUCACUCAACUGUGCUCCAGGGCUUUCCUCUACACCUUCUGUCAUCACCUCCACCUUCCCAUCAGCCCCAGCGAAGACCAGGUCUCUGUGGCAUCCCGCAGGACCGCCUUCCUGCAGCAGCAUUUAGGCUAUAAUGAAGAGGACAGUAAAAUGGUCCAGUUCCUGUCUGAGCUCAUAAAACACUACUACCUUCAGGGGCCUAGCAGAACGGUCGGCCCGCCAGUCUUUUGCGUUAGCUACAUUCCCAGCUUCCUGUACAAAAUAUAGGCCUGAAUGUGUCACAUGCUGGAACAAAAUGUCUGCGAUGUUCUGAGAAUCUGCUUCUGUCUUAUCCUGGUUGAAACAGGAGACCAAGAGAAAUAAUUAAUUGGAAUUUUUUUUUUGUCUGUUUUGGUGAUUCCUGUUUGUGCUCUGAUGAGCAGGCUCUUUAUAGGACGCGAUUGCACUGUUGUAGUUGUAGAUGUCUGUCUCUGCAUUGUGCUCACUUUAUAUGUAAGUGGGUCCAAAACACUAAUGCAACAAUAGCCACUGAUACCUAUUACUACAUGAAACACUACAAAACAUCUUGCAGCUAACAAGAGUUGUUUGAAAGAUGUUGUCUCCAAAAUAUUUACUCUUAAUGUGGUUGGUCAUAAAUAAUACUGAUUUCAUUUAUAUUCAGCUGACUACAGGUAAUGCUUUUUAGUGUACCAUAUGUUACUGGGGAAAAUGGUACUUAAAGCACAAUGUAUUUUCAUACAGUUCUAUCUGAGAGUAAGUGGUUCAUUUACUGUGCUGACAUGUCCACUGCUGAAUGUUUAGAUGGUCAGGUGAUGUAAUGCGGUUCAGCUAAGUUAGUGUUGAGUUGUAAUGGUACAUGUUAUGAUCAUAGGCAUAUAGAUCAGCUGUGCUUGUACCUUAUGUGUGACCAAACUGAUACCAUCAUCAGCAGUUUUAAACCAGCACUGCUUUUUGAGUCUGCAGUCAUACAAAACCAGUUUGAGUUUGAAGUGUAAUUGCACAAAAAAUAAUAAAAUCAUUAGCUGUAAUCAGCCUGUUUAAUUCUUUUCUAUGAUUUGAAGGAAACAUCUCAAUAAAAAAGAUGGCUUUCUUGAAAUCUCAGUCAGAACAGGAAAUGGUAAAACUCUUCUGGUUCAUAUUUUCUUAUUAGUCAUGUUUAUACUUCAAACUGACCAUUAUGUCAACCCUUAAUCUAUGCAGAACAACAUGCAAUGUUUUACAGUUUUUUUUAGGAAAUACAGUGGAUGUAAAAUUAAUUGUUAAAAGGAACAUGUAAUGUUUUUAAACUAAUUUGUCAUGAUUCCAUUUUAGAAAAGCUCAAACCCUGAUGAUUGUAUAUUAUUUAAUGUAGAGCUUUGAAUCACAAUGGGCAUGCCCAUUUAUUUCAUAUCCACCCAUCGGUGCAGUCAGGAAACUACCGAUUACCAAAAUCUUUUUACAUUUGAGUAAGUAUCAGGUUUCCUCAGCUUGGCCUCAGAUUAAAGUUCAGGGCCCCUUGAAUGUUAUGCAUGUACAAAUGGUGUAAUGUAAAGAUUUGCUUUGCGAAGUUUACGUUUUCAUGUUUACAAAGUCUUGAAUACCAUUCCUGACCACAUCUUUAUUGUAACAGGCCAGUGUUGUGGAUCAUGUUCAGUAAAUGGUUAAAUGUUAAUGAUAUUCACUGCUGUGCUGAACUUGUGAAAUUUUGCGUUUGUGAGUGUGAUUAGCUGUAUUAUGGUGGCAUAUCAUUAUGUUUUGCAACUCGAUUAUCCUAAGCUCAGCUUUGUAUUGUUCUAACUUUGAAUUAGUAUGUUUUAGUCAGUGUAAUUACAGGUUUCAAGGACAGAUUAUGGCAAUA